ACUGAGACUUCUUCUGUGUGCCAAGUGUGCAGGAGAACGAUGAUGGUUGACGCAAAAACACGACUGUCCCUGUAGUGCCAGUGUUGGAUUUGUCCGCUCUCGAAACAACAUAGUGGAUAUUCUAAUGUCACAAAAACACAACGAUUCUUAGUUUCAGGUGAUGAUACACAAAUGAAAACAUAGUUAUGAGUAUCAGGUGGGGGUGGAUUCACAGCCAGACACACCCCUCUCCUUCACAGAUACAAAAGCAAGGCACAAACAGAUGAGUGGGCAAAGCUGCAGUGCUGCAAUGGCGAAUCCACAAAGCAGGACAGAGGAUGGGCAGAAAAUAUCAUUCAUACAGAGGCUUUCUCAGGUUUUCCUCAACACUGGUGUAAAUCUUCAGUUUCGCUAUAAACAGUUUGGACAAGGUGGAGAUGGAUCUAACCGACUUGUUUUACUCUGUCUGGGUCUGUUGAACAUCACUCUGCUGAUAGCUGCUGUUGUUAUUGGGAUUAACUGUGCCAAAGUCAAAGAGGUUUCCCACUCAGCUGCAACACAGCUCAUCGAUGAGCUCAACUAUCUCCGUGGCAACUACAGCGAUGUGAUCAAAGCUGAGGAGGAGGCCAAAAACGUGUUAGAGAGCGUGCUCAAAAACCACACACGGAUGAAAGAGAAAAUUGAGCAACAGAAGACCAGCAAUGACAAUUAUCAGAAACAGAUCGAGGCACUGCAAGAACAGAGGACAAUUCUGUUGUCCAAUGUUUCGGCUUUGGAGGAACACUGUAGCGGAUGCCCCUCUGGAUGGAUUCCUCUCAACUCAUCCUGCUAUUUCUUUUCUUACACUGAGUCCCCUAACGUUGAAAAGAACUGGCCAAAAAGCAGAGAAGACUGUAAAAGUCGUGGAGCUGACCUGAUUGUGAUUGAUUAUCCGGACGAGCAGAAUUUUGUGAGUCACACCAUUGACCAUAUGAUGGCUGGUGGCUUCUGGGUUGGUCUCACUGACAUGCACACAGAAGGGAAAUGGGUCUGGAUUAAUAAUGUCACUGAGGUGGAAAAUAGGUACUGGAUGGAUGGAGAACCAAACAACGUUGGAUACCAUGGAGAAGACUGUGCAAUGGUAAUUUCUAGCCGUAUGACUCCCUGGAAGACCCGUAACGAUGCCAACUGCCGCCAUUCUAUGAACUGGAUAUGUGAAAUGACAUCAAGAUAGAAUCAGGAAGUUCUGCUCAAGCAGAAAACACAUUGUUUUUAUUGUUUCAUUUUUUUUUAAAGAA